AUGAACGUUAGCCAAGGUGGUAGCAAGGUGAGCAACAUGGAUCCGAGGGGAUGCUAUGUGUGCGGGCAAGUUGGGCAUUUCGCUCGCGCUUGUCCGACUGUUGAGGAAACGAAAAGCAACAAUCUGUCUACCGUCACGUGUUUCUACUGUGGCAAGUUAGGACACUAUGCGAGCUCGUGUCCGUCGAAGCCGGCCAAACCGAACGCCCAAACUGUGAACCGUGCCCAGGCAGCGAACCAAGUGAAGGAACCCCCAGCGAAGAAGCAAGCAACCUCAGCAAAUGUUUUUGCUUUAGGAUUAGAGCCACAUAAACCUCAGCAGGCCGCGAAGGGCCCUAUAACAGGAACAUUACUUGUUGGUGGUAACCCCACACAUGUACUGUUCGAUUCGGGAGCGUCCAAUAGUUUUGUGACUCCCGAAGUGGUUGACAAGUUUGGAGACUUGUGUGAGGAGGAAGAGGUGAACAUCAACGUCUACACUGCUGGUAAUCAACCGCCUUUGAAGAAAGAAGAUGGGUCAAGGAAGUGUCGAUAG